AUGGGUCUCCUGGAGCUGGUGGCCUCAAACAUUGUUUCGCAAAUCGUUCGUUUGGCUAGUGACUUCGUGCUGUUGGGGAUCUUCAACUUUAUCAAGAAGAAAAUUCAGCAAAUGGCGUUCCUGAGGAUUCUGGUGUCGCUGGUCGUCAGUGUUGCGGUUGCUGGAGCAGACUGCGGUCCCAAAGACGGCGUCUUCAAGUGUUGGGACGUUUGCGGAGAGGAGGUGCGGGACGCCAGCGGCUACGGACAUUGGGUGACGUUCGUCGGGUCGACACUGUUCUUGGACUGCGUUCGUCAGGCGGAUCUCAAGGAGGUGAAGCUGGUGUCGCCGACGGUCUGCGUCGGGCGUCGUGUCAACAUGGAUUGUGUCGUGACGCCGUGGAGGUGGUGCAAGGAGGUUGUGCCCCCUGAACCGGAGAUCUUGACAGCAGCAGUUCCGCCGGUGGUUGAUGAGCCUCGCCCAGUGGCGCCAACGGCCAACCUGGCGGUUGUCCACGUGCCGGCGAGCAAAACGUCGUUUGUGGUUCGGGCGCCGCCCUCGACGCAGCAAAGCGUCGUUGUGGCCCAAGAGGUGCCACACAUCAUUAGGGCACCGUCGUUGACGCCGGAGGUGACGGUCAACAUCAAACAU